CAGGCCCAAGGGAUAAAAGUGGCUCUCAGUCUAGCACAUGCGCAUUGGAGCAAUUUAAGGAGUUAAUAUGAAGCACAGAAGCAGAUAGUGCCAAAUAGCAAGCCUGUUGUUUCACAUUUGGUGAGUGGGGCAGCAUUUCCUUCUCCCACUGCUGCUGAGAUGGCAGAAAUUAGCCGAAUUCAAUACGAAAUGGAAUACACCGAAGGUAUUAGUCAGCGAAUGAGGGUCCCGGAAAAAUUAAAAGUAGCACCACCAAAUGCUGACCUGGAACAAGGGUUCCAAGAUGGAGUUCCAAAUGCCAGUGUGAUAAUGCAAGUCCCAGAGAGGAUCGUGGUUACAGGAAAUAAUGAAGACAUUUCAUUUUCAAGACCAGCAGAUCUUGACCUUAUCCAGUCUACUCCCUUUAAACCUCUGGCACUGAAAACACCACCACGCGUGCUCACACUGAGUGAGAGACCACUAGAUUUCCUGGAUUUAGAAAGACCACCUCCAACUCCUCAAAGUGAAGAGAUCCGAGCAGUUGGCAGGCUAAAAAGAGAGCGUUCUAUGAGUGAAAAUGCUGUUCGCCAGAAUGGACAGUUGGUCAGAAACGAUUCCAUGUAUGGCAUUUCAAACCUAGAUGCAGCCAUUGAAGGAGCAUCAGAUGACAUGACUGUGGUAGAUGCAGCUUCAUUAAGACGUCAGAUAAUCAAAUUAAAUAGACGUCUACAACUUCUGGAAGAGGAGAAUAAAGAACGUGCUAAAAGAGAAAUGGUCAUGUAUUCAAUUACUGUAGCAUUCUGGCUGCUUAAUAGCUGGCUUUGGUUUCGACGCUAGA